AGUUGUGUGUCAGAUUCCGGCUACUUUAUCCAUCUAUAUAUACCCCCACUAUCCUUUCUCUCUGGCCUUAGCGCACCCUUUUUCCAUCUCUUUCCUGUGGCAACGGCCUCCACCACAACUACCCUUCAUUCGCCUUUUAACAACAGAAACGGCGACAUAGAAAGAGAGAGAAUAAAGCGCGAUAGCAAUAACUCAUUGGGUUUGAGACACAGAGAAGACGUGGUGGUGACUGGUGGGUUAGGCAUUAAAGCGUACAAACUUGCCUAAUCGUCACAUACUCUCUCUCUCUCCACCGCCUUUUAUUUUCCGCAACACCACUCACCUUACUCAUCAUCCUACGAUAGCAACACAACACCCACACUCUCCCUCUCUCUCUUUCUCUCUCUCUAGAAUCUUGGUGAUGAACAGAGCUUUGCCUGAGAUGCUGCACUGCCUAAACACGCCGGGAAAUCUCUCCGGCAGCAGUGCGGACCUGAGCGUGCUCGAAAGACAACGAGCUCGCAUCAAAUGCCAACAAGAAUUGCUUCUUCAUCAUCAACAACUACAACAGCAGCAGCAGCAGCAGCAACGUUAUUUUGAGGGAAAUGAAUUGAACAGUGUCUUUUCUUUGCCAGCUCAGGGUCAGCAAUUUCAGGGCGGUGAUCAUAUGUCACUCAACGAGCUUAUGACGCGUACAGUGAAAACGGAUCCAGGCAUGGAAAGCGGGUGGGCGGAUUUCGGACAGUUCACCGGAGAUUUCGGGUUUGGGUCCGGGUUCGAGAUGAAUUAUGGCCUCUCCAGGACUACUAGCUGCCCGGCAGCAGCGAUAUCGGAGGUGCCAGUUACGGCUACAGCGGUGACUGAAGCAAAACAGAGAGACUCUUCUGUCUUGCCAGAGAAGAUGAGCUUCAAGAAGAGAAAGGCUGAAAAGAACCACAACCUCAAGGCAGUAGCAGAAGAAGAAGCUUGUAAGGAAAAAAGGAUCAGACGAUGUACCGAAGAGGGAGAGUCGAAGAUCACAGAGCAGAACAGCGACAACGACAGCAAGAACACCAGCAACAACAAUAACAACAAGAGAGAAACAUCUGCAGAUACUUCCAAGGAGAACUCGAAGGUUUCGGAGGUUCAAAAACCUGAUUACAUUCACGUUCGUGCACGGCGUGGCCAAGCCACUGACAGCCAUAGCUUGGCCGAAAGAGUGAGAAGAGAGAAAAUCAGUGAGAGAAUGAAAUAUCUGCAAGAUUUAGUACCGGGAUGUAAUAAGAUCACGGGAAAGGCUGGAAUGCUUGAUGAAAUCAUCAACUAUGUUCAAUCUCUUCAAAGACAAGUAGAGUUCCUGUCCAUGAAACUGGCUGCUGUAAAUCCAACACUCGACUUCAACAUCGACAAUUUUGUAGCGAAAGAGGUGUUUUCAGCAUGCACAUCCAAUUUUCCAAUCGGGGUAUCAUCAGAGAUCGCUAAUCCUGCCUACCUACAGUUUAAUCCAUUACAACAAAUAGUUUCGUGUAGCGGGUUGGAAAUGGGAAUAAACGCUCCUGAUAUGGCACUUCGAAGAACAAUCAGCGCCGCUGUAUCGAGCCCUGAAACAUUUCUCGAUUCGUCCUGUUUCAAUCAUAUACAAUCCUCAUCGGCUUGGGAAGCCAAUUUACAUAACCUUCAUGGCGUGGAAUUUCUCCAAGGAAGAUCACCAUCAUUUCAAGCCCAGCAAUUUACAGGUUCCAAUGAAGCUAGCAAUCUGAAGAUGGAGAUCUGAAUCAAAACAUAAAUCAUAUGAUUUGUUGGAUGAGUUCAAUCCAAAUGCCUUUCUUCCUCAUUCGUUUUUUGUUUUCUAUAGCCAGUACAUAACGUGGAUAGUUGUAUGUAUACCAUCUCCGUAGAAAUAAGUAUUAUAAUGAGAAGAUACCUAUUAACCUCCUCAACAUUCUCUAGCGUGUGAUGUACUAUGGGUGUACUUCAGGUUUCAAUUGCGAUUGAUUUUUUA